AUGACGUUCAAUCGCGAGCAUUCUAUUUUUGAAGUGACGAGAAAAUGUAAAACCUAUCUACAAGUCAUGGGUGUUCCUCUCAAGACUGGCGGUCAUAUACUGUUUCCGGAAGAAGUCUUGUAUCUUAUGGAGCUUUGGACUGCAUGCGCCACUGAUGAAGGUCAGCUACUGACGCUUUAUGAUGGGAUUCGCAUACUCGGCGAAACCGGAGUACCAUUUUACAAGUACCGUGCCUAUUCAGCACUUCGCAAGGCGGGAUUUGUCGCCUUACGACCAAACCGCUCUCGAGUGCAUAAUCUUGCCCUCCAAAAACAACCCGAUCGUCCUAUGGAUGCAUCAACCUCUGAGGCCCGUCCUUCAGAAGCCUGUAAUGCAAAAUAUCCGAAGCAACUCCUGGAUGAUUUCCCCACAGUGAGAGACAGCCAAUGGCUCGUUUCCUCCAUGCUUCACCGCAACUGCCAACUAGUUCCUACCGAGGAUUUGAGCGACUUCCCUUGCAAUCCACGACGUUUUCGAAUCCCUCCCAAGGUCAGGAAUUUUUUCCGUUCAAAGACUCAAAUUCAACUUUGA